CUCCGUAAGCUCAAGCUCGUCACUGGUUAAAUGUGGAGCCUUUUCGAGGAGGGUGAACUUUCUUUUUCCGUCAUCCCAAAAUACAGCAGUGACAUUUGUUUACACGUAGGUAAACAUAAUCGAAGAUCGUAUUCGAUACGAAAUGGACUCCUCUGAGCACGGCUCUUCAAAGUCAUCUACAGGUGAAGCCAGUGCAGGGACGCUACCGCCAGGCCUGACAGAGGAGGAGGCAGAAGAGAUACAGGUGGAGCUCACCAAGGUGGAGGAUGAGAUUCAGACACUGAGACAGGUUAUCGUGGUGAAGGAGAGGCACGCCGCUGAGCUCAAGCGCAGACUUGGCAUCGGUCCCCUCUCCGAAAUCAAACAGAACCUCACCAAAGGCUGGCAUGAAGUCCAGUGUUCCAAUGCUUAUAUGAGAACCUCACAAACUCUUGGAGACUUGAAUCGUAGAGUUUCCUCAUCUAAUUUAUACCUUACAGCUUCGGCCACACUUGAAGAAAUUGGACGUUCUGAUGCCUAUAAGAGGACUCAGGAGACUCUGUCUCAGGCAGGUCACAUGACAUCAGCUGCGUUCUCCUCGGUGGGCUCUGCCAUCAGAAACCGAUUUGGAGAGAUGAGGGCUCUGCCGUACUCUAACUCUGGUAGCAACUUUUCCAUGCGUCACUCUUUAAGUAUGCCAGCUAUGAGGAACUCGCCAAGCUUUAAAUCCUUUGAGGACAAGGUGGAGAAUAUGAAGUACAAAGUAAUGGGGCGAUCAAAUGGAGAGAGCGACCAUUCGCCAACCAGCAACAACGCUCCUUUCUGAGCAGGAAGCACAACCUCAUGACCAAGAACUGAUCUCUGCUAUCCUUCUGUAACGCUG